UUGGCACUUUGUCCUUCUGGGGUCCAGAAAGGUGGGGUGUGGAACUACUCGAGUGAAUGAACUAAGCUACUCGCUGACCGUUUGCCACGCAAGUCCUGCAAUGUUUUUUGUCCUGGAUUUUAGAUUUAUGUUGAACAAAAACCUCAAAAACUGAAUUAUACACUUGUUUCGAUUAAGAUAAUACCAAAGCAACUUGAACGGCAGUAAUGUAUUUAAUUAAUUUGCGCCAGUUACGUUUGGGUAUGUGAGCGCCGUUCAACAGGUCUGCACGAUAUUUUUCGGAGGUGAAGUGCUCCGCUUUUAGUUACGGCUAUGGCCUUACUCAGGUGUGCCUGGCUGCUGUGUUUGGUCGAGCUGUCUCUUCUGCUGGGGAGAAGCAUUGGAGGGUGUCAAGACUUGGGGUUGUGCUGUAGUGGACGGGACUCCUCGUGUGUUAGCAAGGGAUGGAAACCCGACCGUUCGUACGGCACCUGCUACUGUGACCAGGCGUGUACUUCUGCACUCGACUGCUGUCACGAUUACCAACAAGCUUGCCCAGCUGAGCCGUGUGUGGUGAGCGAGUGGGGCCGGUGGUCCGGCUGUGCCGAGCCGUGCCGGGCGGCGGUCCGUGUGCGGAGCCGGGAGGUGCUGCGGGAAGCUCGGAACGCCGGGAAGCCUUGUCCCCCAGUGCAGGAGUCCGCUGGCUGUGCCGAGUACCGGGACCAGCACAGGCAGUGUCGCAACUCUCUGGUUCCUGCCCUCAUCACCACAGGUGGCUAUGGCAAUGCCAGAAAGAAGAGGGAUAUCUCCAGUAGCUCUGAUGUCAUUGGGUACUGUGUGGAGUUCCAGCUGACCUCUCUGACUGCUGGCUGUCUGCGGAGCUCCCAGCCGCACACGCAGUGGAUGCAGUACCUGCGUGAGGGCCACAGGGUGUGUGUGGAGUGCCAGCCCCCUGCCCUGGCUGCCGGACAUCAGCACUGCUCUGGUGACGGGGAGGAUGAUGAGGAAGACAGGAAGCUGUCUCUUCAGUGGCAGGCAGUGGGGAACCCAAAGUGCAGGGGGGGCUGGAGGCGUGUUCGGCGACUGGACUCUUGCUCCUGCCCCACUGUCCACAGCUUUCUCUUCAUUUGAAGGCAUUUCCCUCAGGACCCAGGGUGCCUCAGUGUACGCAGUCACAUGCUAGCACACAGGCACACGCCACACACUCUGACUGUCCUCUCAGAAUGAUGGAUUACAUGGACUCAGAUAUGGGACUCCGGGGAUGAAUGUGAUGGAAUGGAAGAAAAGCUCUCUGGAGAUGAAAAGAUGAGGAGCUUCUCUACAGUGAUUGGCAGGGAGCAUGUGGUUCUUCUCUACAGUUCAGGAUUUCUGUUGGUCAUAUUAUUGUGUUCCAUAGUAAUUGAAUAUACUUUGUAAUUGUAUACCAGGCUUUACACUCCUAUGUGCUGCAUUAUCCCAUCAACAAUAGUCUGUGUGUGGAGGACCACGCAUGUGAAAGCUGCAUAAAGUUCCAUGAAGCUGAAAUGUGUGAAAUAUAAUUACAUAUUUAUUUGAAUCGGUCACUGAAUUUAACAGUUUUUUCUAUAUAAGCUGUACAUUUUCGCAACAUCCAACAGUUUGUGCAAAAAAAGUCACUUUAUGGGGAAACAUAAACAUUCCUUCAGUCUUGAAUCAGAGAUGCCUUGAGAGAUGCAUCGCUGACAGCUGAUACUCGAUGCUGUUAAUAAUGCCUUAAUAAAAUGGAGGGACUGUGUUCACUAUCCUGGUUUCCAGAUACAAUGAGUGUCAUGUACAGUAAGUGGCUUUUCUCUGGGAGUUGUCAGUGUCAGUUUGAUCAGCACCGCGUUUUCUCAAUCACAAUUAGGAAAGCCAGUAAGCUCAGUUGCGAGAUAUCAAUAAUUCAUGUAAUUUAUUUCAUUUUAAUUUGACCAUGGGGAAAUGUUGCUUUAAAAAGAAAUAAAAAUAUAUUUUAAACAUUUAGACACAUUUUUUUCCCACAAGACAGGUACAGAGUCUGUGUUUCACGUACAGUCACGGCUCCAUAGUACAACAUGCAUCGAAUGACAGAACGCCAUACAGAAACG